AAACAAUUCCGAUCGGGUUCGGGAUUCUCGAUUUGUGCCCUUCGGUGGCAAACCAAGAUCAGGAAAAAUGACACAACAAUUUUAUGAGUCUCUGCCAUCGUAUGAAGAGUUGACCGUUCCUGAGUUGCAUUUAACAUGGCCCGAAUUGAAAGCUGGCUCGUUGUAUUUCGGCAGAUUCUGUGAUGAGCCAUGCAAGCAAUACAUGCUUUGCAAGCAGGAUAACCCAAGGAAUCCAGCUGUUUGUUUAAACGAGGGCAAAGAAGUCACCAACUGUGGCUUCAAGUUUUUUGGCAAAGUAAAGAAGCACUGUUUAGCAGAAUUCGAAACCUACUACACUUGUUUAGACAGAGACUUUAGAGGGCUAUUGGAUUUUGAACCUUGUAGAAAACCCCAGCUAAUAUUUGAUGACUGCAUGAAGGAGAAAGUUGGAAUGGACCGUCCCUAUAUUGGAUAUUUUGCGCGAAUCCGUCUUGUGGACAGCGAUAGACCGCGCAGAGUAUUCCCUAAACGUGAAUACAAGAAAAUGAAAGAUCCACCUACACGGGAAGAGCUUGACAGGUACAAGCUCAAUACAGACCAAUAUCCACUGCAUUUCCAUUCAUUGUUUGACUAAAAAUAAGAAUGUGAGAAGACUAUGGAAAAAUUUCAGGUGUUCUGUACAUUGUUUGACUAAAAAUAAGAAUUUGAGAAGAUUAUGAUCAGCUAUGUCAAUUUUUUAUUGAAAUGUAUAUUUCAGGUGUUCUGUUUAAUAAAUUAUAAUUAAUGAUAAAAAAAACAAAA